GACCCGAGGAGGGAGAGCUGCAGGGAGACGGAGCCUCCAGCGGGUGCUGCCGCGAGCGGCCGGCCGAGGGGGCUGGAAAUGAAAGUAAAGCGCUCCGGAGCCACAUGGACCGAGCUGCCCGGGCGGCGGCGCCGGGAGCAGGAUGCGGCCGCCCGUAAUUAAAUAGCAUUUACUCUUAUUAUUACUAAUAAUAAUAACGUAAUCAUACCUCUAGUCAUAGCAUACCAUUUAUCGGGCUCGGCGCAGGCCCGCGGGGAGCGCAGCCCGGCCGAGACACUGAUGGAGAGGCAGAAACGGAAGGCAGACAUCGAGAAGGGGCUGCAGUUCAUUCAGUCAACACUACCCCUAAAGCAAGAAGAGUAUGAGGCCUUCCUGCUCAAGCUUGUACAGAACCUGUUUGCCGAGGGCAAUGACCUGUUCCGGGAGAAGGACUACAAGCAGGCUCUGGUGCAGUACAUGGAAGGGCUGAACGUGGCUGACUACGCCGCCUCGGACCAGGUGCUCCAAGCCAAGGGCAGACAAGUCAACAGAUGUGUCACCCAGCAGGCUCACCGCUGUGGAACCUGCGGCCCUCGCCACAGCGGCCCUCCAGUACCUGCCUCUCACCCUUACGUCAGAGUUGAUGCUACCUACCCUCCUGCCCUUACCUCUGCCCUGAAGCUCCUCAGCCUGGUCCCUGAGGCCGUCCCCUUGCUGUCCUUCUGCCGGAAAGGCCUGUAUGAGAAGGCGCUGGAGGACAGUGAGAAGGCGCUGGGCCUGGACAGCGAGAGUAUCCGGGCACUGUUCCGCAAGGCGCGCGCCCUCAACGAGCUGGGGCGCCACAAAGAGGCCUAUGAAUGCAGCAGCCGGUGCUCCCUGGCCCUUCCCCACGAUGAAAAUGUCACUCAGCUGGGUCAGGAGCUGGCGCAGAAGCUUGGGCUGCGGGUGCGGAAGGCAUAUAAGAGACCCCAGGAAUUGGAAACAUUUUCUCUGCUUAGUAAUGGCACCCCAGCUGGCCUGACGGAUCAGGGAACGUCUAACGGAUUGGGAUCCAUAGAUGACAUCGAAACAGACUGCUACGUGGACCUACGAGCCCCCCUGUCCCUGCUCCCCUCCCCUCCCACAAUGCCCCUGUUCCCUCAUGUCCUGGACCUCCUGGCCCCCCUGGACGGCAGCAGCCGGACUCUCCCCAGCACGGAGGGCCUGGACGACUUCUCAGAUGCGGAUGUGUUUGGUCCGGAACUAGACACCCUCCUGGACUCUCUGUCUCUGGUCCAGGGUGGCCUGCCUGGCAGUGGCGUGCCUAGUGAGUUGCCUCAGCUGAUCCCUGUGUUUCCUGGUGGGACCCCACUGUUACCACCUGUGGUGGGUGGCUCCAUCCCCGUGUCCAGCCCACUGCCUCCUGCCUCCUUUGGCCUUGUCAUGGACCCCUCCAGGAAGCUGGCUGCUUCUGUGCUGGAUGCCCUUGACCCUCCAGGGCCCACGCUGGACCCCCUGGAUCUGUUACCGUACUCCGAGGCUCGGCUAGAUGCCCUCGACAGCUUUGGGUCAGCCCGAGGCUCCCUGGACAAGCCUGACCCCUUCAUAGAAGAGACCAGCUCACAGGACCACCGUCCCCCAAGCAGUACUCAGAAGCCAGCCCCCUCGCCGGAGCCCUCCAUGCCCAACACCGCCUUGCUCAUCAAGAACCCUCUGGCUGCCACCCAUGAGUUCAAGCAGGCCUGCCAGCUAUGCCACCCUAAAACAGGCCCCAGGGCCGGUGACUACACCUACCGCGAGGGCCUUGAACACAAGUGCAAAAGGGAUGUCCUCCUCGGCCGACUCCGGAGCUCUGAGGACCAGAUCUGGAAGCGCAUCCGGCCCCGGCCUACCAAAACCAGUUUUGUGGGCUCCUACUACCUGUGCAAAGACAUGAUUAACAAGCAAGACUGUAAGUACGGGGAUAACUGCACCUUCGCCUACCAUCAGGAGGAGAUUGACGUGUGGACGGAGGAACGGAAGGGCACCCUCAACCGUGACCUGCUCUUCGACCCUCUAGGGGGUGUCAAGCGUGGUAGCCUCACCAUUGCCAAGCUCCUCAAGGAGCACCAGGGCAUCUUCACCUUCCUCUGCGAGAUCUGCUUCGACAGUAAGCCCCGGAUCAUCAGCAAAGGCACCAAGGACUCCCCAUCAGUGUGCUCCAACCUGGCUGCCAAGCACAGCUUCUACAAUAACAAGUGCCUGGUGCACAUCGUCCGUUCCACCUCUCUCAAGUACUCCAAGAUCCGUCAGUUCCAGGAGCACUUCCAGUUCGACGUGUGCCGCCAUGAGGUGCGCUACGGCUGCCUCCGGGAAGACAGCUGCCACUUCGCCCACAGCUUCAUUGAGCUCAAGGUCUGGCUGCUGCAGCAGUACUCAGGCAUGACCCACGAAGACAUCGUUCAGGAAUCCAAGAAAUACUGGCAACAGAUGGAAGCCCAUGCAGGAAAGGCCUGCGGCAGCUUAGGUGCCCCAAGGACACACGGGCCCAGCACCUUUGACUUGCAGAUGAAGUUUGUGUGUGGUCAGUGCUGGAGGAACGGGCAGGUGGUGGAGCCAGACAAGGACCUCAAGUAUUGCAGUGCCAAGGCCCGGCAUUGCUGGACCAAGGAGAGGCGGGUCCUUCUGGUGAUGUCCAAAGCCAAGAGGAAAUGGGUGUCGGUGAGGCCACUGCCAUCCAUUCGAAACUUUCCACAGCAAUAUGAUCUCUGCAUCCAUGCCCAGAACGGCCGCAAGUGCCAGUAUGUGGGGAACUGCUCCUUCGCACACAGCCCUGAGGAGAGGGACAUGUGGACCUUCAUGAAAGAGAACAAGAUCCUGGACAUGCAACAGACCUAUGACAUGUGGCUAAAGAAACACAACCCGGGCAAGCCAGGAGAAGGGACGCCCCUCAGCUCUCGGGAAGGGGAGAAGCAGAUCCAGAUGCCCACGGACUAUGCCGACAUCAUGAUGGGCUACCACUGCUGGCUCUGCGGUAAGAACAGCAACAGCAAGAAGCAGUGGCAACAGCACAUCCAAUCCGAGAAGCACAAGGAGAAGGUCUUCACCUCCGACAGCGAUGCCAGUGGCUGGGCCUUCCGCUUCCCUAUGGGCGAGUUCCGGCUCUGUGACAGGCUCCAGAAGGGCAAGGCCUGCCCCGACGGGGACAAAUGCCGCUGUGCCCACGGACAAGAGGAACUCAAUGAGUGGCUGGACCGGCGCGAGGUGCUGAAGCAGAAGCUGGCCAAGGCCCGCAAGGACAUGCUUCUGUGUCCGCGGGAUGACGACUUCGGCAAAUACAACUUCCUGCUGCAAGAGGAUGGGGACCCCACUGCUGCCACCCCAGGGGCCCCCACUGCUGCAACUGCUACCGCCACCACUGGGGAGUAGGGCCAGGUCUCAACUGUGGGCAGAGUUCUGGGGUCGGGGGUGGGCUGGGGACAGAAAGCCUGACAGAAUGGCCAGGGCAGGUUAGUUGAGGGCAGGGGACCACCCCAUCCGGCAGCCUCCAGUCCCCUGGGUCCCUGUCCAUCCUUUCCACCCCCAGCACCCCAGGUGUGUGUACCCAAGGGUCCUUGUCCUGUCAAAAUGGGGGCGGCCCCUCCCCAAGUUGAGUUCUCCUGGUUGGAGCGGGAGGGGCCUGGCUGACCUCUCCAGCUUCAGCCUACAGCUUUAACUUCCAUCUGCUCCUAAAGGGCUGGGGAGCCUAGGGUCCCCACUUGAAUCUGCAGCAGGAGGGUCCUGUUCCCUUCCUACCUUCCCCUUCUCCCCUUCCCUGGGGGCCAGAUCAGGACACAGCAGAGGGCGGCGGGCAGCGCUGGUUAGCUUCAAAUACAGUUGCGAGAUGGAGUUGGAGACACUGUACUGGUCACUUACCACCUGGGGCCUCAGUUUUCCUGCUCUGUGAAAGGGGCAAGGGCGAAGGUAGAUGAUAUCUGAGGCUAGACCAAGGGGUCUAGGUGCUCUAACAACCAUCCUAUACCCAGCCAUCUUUGUGAGCCACUCUUGUAGACGCAGCCCAAGCCCUAAUUUACAGAAAGGAAAACUGAGGUCUAGCAGGAAGAGUGGUUUGCCCAGGGUCUCCAGCCCUCGGUUUGGUGCAGAUCUGGGAUGUAAACAUUGGUCAAAAGACCCCACCUAUUAGCAGCUGGAGCCUCUGGGCUCCUCAGCCGCAUGCAGCAUGACCUGGGAAUUAGGGGAAGGCUGCUGAGGCCAGAGCUGGUCUUGUCGGCAUCCUGUGGGGAUUUUGUUGGGUGAGCAGCAGAAGUUACAUUUCCAGGAGCUUUCACAGAGAGGUGGGAGAAUACAGGCACCGUGAGCUCAGGUUCUGCACAAGGUCCAAAGCAUGGGGAGGGUCGGGGGGGGAUAUUGAGAGCAGGGAGGUGACCUGGGAUCCAUGGGCCACUAUGGGACAUAGCCUCUCUUUCCUGGGGACCUACUAUAGUCUUCUCCAAAAAGACCCAAAUAUACUGUUAUGCCUGUCUAUCCCAGCCCCAUCCUAUGCCUAACCCUGCCAGCUGCCUGGGACCCUAGCUGACCCCCAGCCCACGCCCCCACCUACCAAGGUCUCUUACCGUCUGAAGUGUGUGUACACCCCUUCAUCCCGCUCCCCAUGAGUAGACACAGCCUCCCCUGGCUCCCCCCAAAACAUUCCAGAAUGUUCCACACCAUUGGCAUAAGAAGUGGGGCGCCCCCAGAAGGAACCAGAGACUAAGGCUAGCGAGGAGCGGGAUGGAGUGAACACUCCUAUGUUCCCCGCAGCCAGGGUUGCGGGUAACUCAGUGGUGUGAUGAUGGGCACCUGGGGCAUAAAGGACCCAUUCCUCAUGGUGCCACUGCCCAGCCUUCUCCAAUAACCAUGGCAUGCACCUUUUCCUCUCCCCUGCCCCCUUUCCCUGCCCUCAGCUGGCCGGCACAGCAGAGUUUGGGUGCUGGCCGUGUGGCUGGAGGGGAGGUGUGACCACAUGCAAGGUGAGGGCCGUGGCCAUGAAUGUUGAUGAUGAUACUUGUUCUCCCGACCUGUGGUGUUGCAGUCUGUCGUCACCAGCCUCGUUUCUAGUGUGUAUAUAUGUCGCCCCUGUGAUGCAUAUAUACACAGGUAUUAAAUAUAUCGCUCUAUAUAAUAUUAUAUAUGUGUGUGGUAUCCAAGGGAUCUCUUCUAAUGAGGGCUAAAGAUAAAGAAUUCGGGGGUAAAAAUGCAGACAUCCUUGUGAGUUUUGGGGUACUGAUGAGGCCAUCUGGCUAUUUAGGAGACUGAGACUGGAGCCAUGGCUCAGAGAUGAUUUGGGCAGAAGGGACAAGAUGGCCCACACCUGGCCCUGCUCUGGCUGCUAGUUUCCCACACAUCCAUGUCUAGAGGGGAGUACCAGUGUGCUCAGGAAAAGGACAUGAUUAGUGUUUGUUUCCCACCAGAGAAGGAUGAGUCCAGAGUUUUCCUGUUGUUCAUCUACCCAGGGGUCCUUGAGAUCUGGGCUCCCCUGCAUUCUACACCUGGGUCCCCCCACCCACCCCGGGAUGAGAAAAGAGACAGGGAUGACCUGGGGUGGGAGACAACAAAACGUUUUAAAUGAUGAUUAUAUUUAAUGGAAGGCUCAGAGUUGAAUCGGUGCCUAGGAGACAGCUCAGAAGACAUGGAGUCAGGGCAGUGGGAGUGGAUGCUGCAUUUCUCAGCUGGGCAGUAAUCAAUCUAAUGGUCCUUUUAAAAUGUCUGUAUUAAAAUUUAAGAAUACCACACUUUAAUAUUAAAUAUCAUAAGGUCUAGUAUCUUGAUAAUAAUGUAGAUGUUUUAAUAACAUUUUUUGUCCUUCAAAAUAAAACGAGAGAGAAACUUG